CAGCCUUACUUAUGGGAUUGUUCAAGAUCUGAGAUCAAUGAAAAAACUUUUUUGCAUGCGAAAAAGGAUCGGAAUGGAUUUUGUUUAUCCAUUUUAAAAUCAUCGAGUGAGGCACUUGGUGAAUCAUCUACAGGAUUUCUUUGUUGAUGUCUGAAGAACAAAGUGCUUUUCCAACCUAUACUUUUGUAACACUAUGACUAACUGUAAAGGCAGAUCUACCAUCACCAAAACAAAUCGCAAAGUUCAUGAUAGAGAAGGUUUUGUUAACUGGACCAUAAAUCUUAAUACAAUUCAGUCUGAUAAAUUUUUGAAUCUGCUGUUGAGUAUGGUUCCUGUUGUUUACCAAAUAAACCAGGAUGAAAGACACAAAAAAGUGAAUGGUGUCUGGCAAGAUGGAUUACAGCCAGCAGGACACAAUUUUAAUGUUAGAUCUGAUCAGCACAUGGAGUACCAUCAUUUCUCGGAACCAACUUUCCAUGGUAGUAAUGGACACAGCCCAUCUAGCUGUAGCCCUAAAUACGAUGGUUUUAGCAGUUAUAAUUACUGUGAUGGAAUGGACGCUUCAGAAACAGAUGCCAUGUUGCAGGAAGAUAACUUAUCUAGUGACAGUAAUGAAGAUAUCAUUGUGGAAGGGAGCAGAAAACAACCCAAAGAAUCUAGUAGUAUUAUGGCAUUACAGAUACUUGUACCUUUCUUGCUAGCGGGAUUUGGAACCGUUUCUGCUGGCAUGGUUUUGGAUAUUGUGCAGCACUGGGAUGUGUUCAAGAACGUUACUGAAGUGUUUAUCCUAGUUCCUGCGCUUCUUGGUCUCAAGGGAAAUUUGGAAAUGACCUUGGCAUCCAGACUGUCAACUGCUGUAAAUAUUGGGAAAAUGGAUUCUCCCAUUGAGAAAUGGAACCUAAUAAUUGGCAAUUUGGCCUUAAAACAGGUUCAGGCAACAGUAGUUGGCUUCCUGGCAGCAGUGGCAGCAGUUAUAUUGGGCUGGAUUCCAGAGGGCAAAUACCGCUUUGAUCAUUCAAUCCUUUUGUGUUCUAGCAGUGUAGCAACUGCCUUCAUAGCUUCUCUUUUACAAGGAAUAAUAAUGGUUGGAGUUAUCGUUGGAUCGAAGAAGACCGGUAUUAAUCCUGACAACGUUGCCACUCCUAUAGCAGCAAGUUUUGGAGAUCUUAUCACUCUUGCUAUACUAGCAUGGAUAAGUCAGGGUCUUUACACUUGCCUUGAGACAUAUUACUAUGUAUCUCCUUUGGUUGGUGCCUUUUUUUUGGCUCUGACUCCUAUGGGGAUUGUCAUAGCUGCCAAACACCCAGCAACCAGAACUGUUCUCCAUUCAGGAUGGGAGCCUGUUAUAACUGCUAUGAUUAUAAGCAGUAUUGGUGGCCUUAUUCUGGACACAACUGUAUCAGAUCCUAAUUUGGUUGGAAUUGUUGUUUAUACUCCAGUAAUUAAUGGUAUUGGUGGUAAUUUAGUAGCUAUUCAAGCCAGCAGAAUUUCUACCUACCUCCAUUUACACAGCAUUCCCGGAGAACUGCCAGAAGAAGCAAAGGGUUGCUAUUAUCCAUGCAGAACCUAUUAUGGUACAGGCGUAAAUAACAAAUCAGCCCAAGUUCUGCUUCUUCUGGUGAUUCCUGGACACCUGAUUUUCCUGUACACUAUCCAUUUAAUGAAAAGCGGUCAUACUUCCUUAACUCCCAUCUUUAUAGCAGUGUAUUUGUUUGCAGCUCUGCUUCAGGUGUUUACUCUAUUAUGGAUUGCUGACUGGAUGGUACACCACUUCUGGAAAAAAGGAAAAGAUCCUGACAGUUUUUCUAUCCCCUAUCUUACCGCAUUGGGAGAUUUGCUUGGAACUGCCUUGCUAGCCAUGGGUUUUCAUUUCCUGUGGCUCAUAGGUGACAGAGAUGGAGAUGUUGGAGACUAAUGAUUCCAGUGGUUACAAUCGCUGACUUCUUCCGAAAUAUUGAGAAGACUGUUUGUUCCCCUUAAAGGUCCUCAAAACAAUUGUUCCAUUUGGUAUCAGUAAAUCAAGCUGACACAGAUAUGAAACAGCCUUAACGUUUUGUUUUUGUUUUUAUUUUUUAAAAGAUGGAAUAGCAGGAUAUUUGAGACCUUUACAAUAAAAACAAGGAGGAUUGCUGCUAGUUGAAAACAUCUGAGUAGACGCAACAAACAGCAGAUCAAUCUUUUGCCAAGUUUUACAUUUUAAAAAGAUCUGGUCUUUUAAAAGAGCAAUUCAUUACAUGUAGUGUGAACCAGAAAAAUCUCUAAUUCAGCAGUGAUCGUUCAGCGGUGAUGAAGAAGAUGGUAAAAAUCAGUAGCUUUACCUUGUCUUUUUCUCCCCCAAAACAAAGUGGGUAUAUAUUUUCAUCUUACCACAGAAGUGGCUGGUAGACCUGAGAUGAAUUCAGUUUUACAGACAUCAUUACCUGGCUAGUUGAUGCUGUGUUCCUAUGUUGCAAUUUUAGAGCUAUAGCUCUCUGACUGUUGCAGACGUUAUAUCAAUAGUAACUAUUAUAGUGAUUUGAACCCUGAUUGUCUAAACAUUUUGUCACAUGCUUUAUUUUAAAUAUACUAAUAUGACUAUCAGCAUUUAUAAGAUUAGACACUUGAAAAGAGUCUGUAGGAUUGUGCCCUUUUCCUUUUUACUGAAGGCGCAACCGAAUUAUUUUGCUGUUGUAAUUUAUUAGAACCAAUGCAUAGUACAGACAUAGAAUGUGAUACUGAUCUGAUCAGGAGUAAUGGAUGAAUAAUUAAAACUCCUUGUGUUGAAAAGUGUGUUUUCAUUUAGCAACUGGAAAGAUGUUUAACUAAUCAAUAUUAAUGGUGUUGUGAUGGCACUGAUAUUUGAUAUACUUAAAAGAGUAUGCCAGUAUCCCGAUUUUAGUAAAAUAUUUAGAGGAGUUGAUUCAAAUGUAGGUAUUUAUCCCUGAUUAAAAUUUGAGAUAUAAAAGAAUAUGUUGCCUUAUUAGGCACUUACAAAGUUACAUAAACUUUUAAAAUUGCGGAGUUAUCUAUGUCAUCUGUUUCUUAGCAUAACUCUCCAUUGUUGCUAACAGGAUUUCUGCUUUAAAACUCUAGGACUAGUAUGGUCCAUAGGGAAAAGAACUGCUUCUAGAUGAUUUCUCAUAUACCUCACUUUUUCAUAUAAUACAAUUGAUCAAAUGGGGACUCUGGUUGCCACUUUGAAAAAAUGUACUAAUUACUCUAUUUUAAAAACUAGUGAGAGUUCCUUACAGCCUAUGUUUUUAAAGACCACAGCAUACACCCUGAAUGCAUAAUUAUAUAAACAAUUCAGAUUUUUAAUAUUAUGAUCAAAAGUUUUAAAUUUUGAGUUUUAAAUUAGACAACUAAAUACAUAUAUCAGCAUAUGUUGUAAUCCUGUAAACAUUAGUCGUGUGAUUUUAUGUAUAUAAAUUGUCCCUUUUAAUUUAAUGAGCCUGCUCAGAUGAAUUAAGUUAAUCAUGUACAUAAGUGUUAGUGGGACUUUUGUAGGUGUUGGUCACCUUAAACUCUGUGGAAACUGAAAGUGUUUGCAAUUCUGAAAAUUAAACCAGCUAUUUCAGUGCCUACACAUGGAUUUAGAUGCCUGACUUCUAGCACCUCAUUUAAACAUUUUUAUUUAAGCUUUUUCAUACAGUUACGAUAACAUAGUUGGUGGAUGAAUCAUAUGUAUUUUGUCUUCUAUUAUGUGAGAGAAAGAGUACAUCUUUCUAAAUUUAGGUUUUCUGACUUUUCUUAGUUUGUAUUGAUGUUAUUUAAAAUAGUUUCUUCUAUGUAACAUUGUGGGAAAUACUCUUAUUAAAUUGUGUAAAACGGACUAGAUGUAACUCAGUUUUUGAUUUUUAAUUUUUUUAAAUAAUGUUUAUUUAUCUUGGGUAUAGAUGUAGAUGCACAAUUUUUAAUUCUGAUAGAACUGUAAUCUGAACGAACUAAACUGCCGUUUUAAGAGCUUUUCUCAUUGGAGUUACUGAUUUUUAAAGUCUUUUUUAAAUGAAUUGCAAGAUUCUUAAAAAUUAAAAUUUCUUGAGAUAUUUGAGUGAUUUGUGCUUAUGUGAUGCAUGAGUGCAUUAUAGUAAUUAGUCACGACAGUAUCCUUAGUGUGUUAAAUAUUUUUGCAGCAAAUAAACAUUGGUACAGCCUGCUGACAAAUUGGUGAGUGAUUAGAUUGCAGAAUUGAGGAGGAGUCAAAUGGGACAAAUUCAGUGAAGUCUGAAAAGGAGAAAUACAU